UGUCAACUAGAUUCAAAAUGGCGGCGAAGAUUUCCAAAAUAUUUUCAUUUCGUUGAUAAAUUUGGCAAAAGCUACAUGGUUUAUGUUAUAUAAUGUUAAAUUUGCACUGUUUUAUGAUAUUCCUCACAGAGGCAUACUAAAAGUUCACUAUGCCGGGAGGCUGGGGCAGAAAGGCUGUAGGACAGAUUGAUCGGAGCCAAUUUGCCGAUGAUGAACUCCUCAAACAGAUUGGAGGUCAGUUAGAUGAAAAUUUUGACUAUAGUCAAUGGCAGCGGAAGUCAAAACCUGGUCAGUUAUCUCGUCCUCCCCCACCUGCAAGGAAAGUUGUGAAAGAUAGCACACUCCGCUCAAUAUCAGAUUUCACGGUAGCUGCACCCUGGAAACAAAAUGUGCGACCAACAUCUGCAGUUUCAUCAGUAUGUAGUCAUUCUAGAUCUAGGAUACAACAAAACACAGCAUCUCCCAAGGAAGAAUAUGCAGUUGUGAAAGAGAAGAAUGAAGAUUUAAAAAUAUUACAGUUGCGUAUCAAUACAAGAGAACAUACCCUGAAAGAAUACAAGAAAAGAUAUGAAACUUUAUUAGUUGAAAAUAUUAAACUGAAAGCGGAGAUUGACGAGACAGAAGGUGAUGCAAACUCUGGUGUUAAACAAUUACUCAGGAAAUAUGAAAAAUUUAGGAAAGGUAUUGGUGUUCUGAAUUCUAAGUUUGAAGUGGAAGAAGAAGAUGCUAGAGCAGAUUUGAGAAAGACACAAGGACAAAUUAAAAAAGAUUUAACAAUAUUAGAGUCACAGGUGGAAAUGGCUGAAAAAAGAUUACAAGACAAACAGACUGAGUUCCAUGUUCUUAUGAAUUACAAGGACAAAGAAUAUCCAGUAAAAGCCAUGCGGAUAGCGGAUUUACAAAAAGAAAUAGACUCAUUAAAAAUAACCAACGCUGAAGAUGAGACUGAACUGCAGCACAUUAUAGACACAGAGUUAGGGAAACUGCGCAAAAAGACAGACAAAUACCAAGAUGAAGUUACAGACAGAAUUACUGGCAAAUUCUUGGAUCAAAUGCACCCUAGUCUGAAAGAUAUGACCCUCCAGAAUACAGUUAUGGAAAAGGAGAUUGAGUAUCAUACGAAAGAUCUAAAAGAGGUUGAAGCAAUUAUUGCAGAUUUAGAACAAGAAGUGACCAAGUUAUUACGUAGUCCAAAAACAAAUGCCAAAAAACAGAUAUUCCCAGAGUUUUUUCCCCCUACACAAAAAUGCACUCCAGAUAUGGACGUUAUAUUAGACAUUCCCACACAGGAGUGGUUGCCUAUAUGAUGUCACUUGUUAUCAGCUAUGAUGUCACACUAAAGCAAUGUGUUAGUCACAUAUUAUCAAUGUAGUGUCACACUUAAUCAUUUGAGUGCGACGUCACAUAUUAUCAACAAUGCCACAAUGCUACAAAUCCCAAAAUACUAACAAGCACGUCCAUUUAUUCUCGGGCAAUGUUGGGAUUGCAGUGGUAUUAAGCAGUGUCACUGUGUCAAAAACAUUUUAGGAGAAAGAAUAUUUAAAACAUCUAGAUAUAGGAUUGUAUUUUCUAUUUAUUUUAUUCAAAUUUAAACCAAUUUUCAUUUGGAUUCAUAUGGUGAAUU